GGCACUGGCACUGGCACUGGCACUACCAAACCUCGCCUUGCCUCGCCAAGUUCGUGCAUCUCGUCCGCCGCCGCAUCCAGCAACCAACAAAGUACCUCGCCUUACAACUCAAUUAACACGCGAUCAUAUCCCUUGUACAACAAACCUGCGCCUGGCUCAGAGUCACCCUUUCAGCCUUACUCUUGGACUUCUCUUCCAGUCAUUCCUUUGUAACAACAGCGCUGGAACGCCAUUCUAUGUCUCGCUCAGUCAUCGAUUCACGAGUUACGACUGUCCACGGCCUGUUAUACUUCAACCACUCGCCCCCGCGUCUGUACCAUUACUAAGACCAUCCUCCGUCACCUUCCUGCGGUCGCCGCGACGACGAAUUCGUGAAAAUGUUUUGGCGUUUUGGAGGCUACUCCAACAUAUCAACAAUUGACACUCUUCUCGACAAACCUAAUGUCAAGCUUGAAGAUCUGCUCGAAGAGUCGGACCUCAUUCAAGAACUCAAAUCCCACCACACAAAAUUGAUUGAAUUCCUUCGUGAGGAAAAGAAUCUCCGCGCUUUACUGCAAUAUGUGGUAGCUCCAGGUCCACCGAUAGAAGAGUUUGCAGAGGAUGAAAAAGGCAAAGGCCCUGUGCAAGACAAUGACCAAGAGAAACCGUCCGACGAAGAACAAGAGAAGACCGAAAAAAAGAGACUGAAAUACGCAUUUGUCGCUUGCGAGAUCUUAUCCUGCGAGACAUGGUCCAUCACAGAAUCGUUAAUGGCCAACAUACCCUACCUCACCGAGUUCUGGGAUUUUCUUCGCCGACCAGCACCAUUGGAUCCUCUCCAGGCAGGCUAUUUCACCAAAGUCAAUGAGACUCUCUUGGAAAAGAAGACGGAAGAUAUGCUGGAAUUCUUCAAGUCUUUGCCAGGCAUCGUACCGGCUAUCCUGCAACAUGUUGACUGUCCUAUGGUGAUGGAUCUUUUACUGAAGAUCAUUAGUCUUGAAAAGUCAGAUGGUGGUGCGGGCAUCGUGGACUGGCUGCAUGAUCAAGAUCUCAUCCAGAUGCUGCUGUCGAACUUAUCUCCGGACUGCAAUUCCUCGACCCAGACUUCUGCGGGUGAUUUCCUGAAAGCUAUCAUCACAAUUUCUGCAAAUGCAGCUCAGGACCAACAGUCUUGCAUUGGCCCUAACAGCCUCACCCGGCAGCUGGUGUCAGAGAAGUGCAUCCAACAGCUCGUUUCGUAUAUGCUCAAAGGCGGCAAUCCUCUUACAGUCGGAGUCGGCAUUGUGAUUGAAGUCAUUCGGAAGAACAACUCUGAUUAUGAUCCUGACCAAGGGCAUAAUGCGGAUAGUCCUCCAACGAAUCACGACCCCAUCUAUCUUGGUACCCUGUUGAGGUUGUUUGCUCAGCAUGUUCCCGACUUCAUGGAUCUCAUUCUCAGCUCGAAACACACAGUCACUAAAGGGGAGAAGACCAGCGUCGAGGAGAGAGGUGUACUUAAAUCCGCGUGGGGUACGCAUAUUGAACCUCUUGGGUUUGACCGGUUCAAAACUUGCGAAUUGAUGGCAGAACUACUGCACUGUAGCAAUAUGGGCUUGUUGAACGAGCCGGGUAGUGAAGAAAUUAUCAAGAAGCGGGACGCCGAGAGAGAACGACUGAGAGAGCAAGGUGCUUUCCUGUCUAACAAGCAGUCGGAAGACUCCGCCGUCGAUAUCUCGGUCAGUUCCUCGAGGUUCGAAAAUGCAUUCACUCCUUCGGCGUCGACGUCUACCGAAGAACUCCGAAUCGCGAACCUUGGUGACGAAGAUGGAUUUGAGAAGGUUGCUGUUUCGGACGCAACAGAAGCACCCAGAAGCUCCGAGCAGGCUGCUGACGCCAAAACAACCCAGGACCCAACUUCACCCGCAGAAAAUCUGGACGACACCGUACGACGACUGAGCCUGGAGAGCGCCGAGGAUACUAUCAUGACAACACCACCUAAUGAAUCGGAGACAAGUACGCCUGAACAACAAACUGCUCAUCCUGAAGACAAGCCCGCUCCGUUGUUCUCAUCCGAUCCCAACAAAACACCAACAGCUAAUAGCCCUGAGCCAACCACAAGUCCUAAGGUUGCAAAAGAAGUCGGCCAAAGCAGUCAUGUGGAGGGAGAUUCUUUCCAGACUGCUCAAGAUGAGACGAUGCACAACCCGCCGUCUGAAGGUGCCGCCGACCCACCAGUUGUAGGAGAUCACUUGAAGCUCAUGUUCGUUGAGAACAAGGUGGUGCCAACGAUAUUGAGCUUCUUCUUCCGCUUCCCGUGGAACAACUUCCUUCACAACGUGGUCUACGACGUCGUUCAGCAAGUGUUUAACGGCCCUAUGGACAGAGGUCAUAACCGAUUCCUCGCUUUCGAUCUCUUCGAGACUGGCCGUAUCACCGACGCCAUUGUCGAAGGCCAGAGACGCAGUGACGAAGAGCAACAGUCCAAGAACAUGCGUCUCGGCUACAUGGGUCAUCUAACGUUGGUGGCGGAAGAAGUCGUCAAAUUUGGCGAGCGACAUCCCCGCGAAGUCUUGUCCCCGACCGUCCAGGACUACAUCUACUCCCAAACCUGGGAAGAAUACGUUACUAAGACACUUGCAGAGACCAGAGAACGAGACAAUGCCAUUCUAGGCGGCUUCAGACCUGAUAACGGACUUGGUCCUAGACAGGCUGUAUUAAGCGCUGUCCAUGCUGGUCAAAACUUUGGUGCUUCAAGUGCAUUGGCUGCUGCGGGAAUAGGUGGACAGCCGCUGGACAGUAUUGAUCUGUCUAAUAAUGGGAGUGCCACUAGUGCAGGCUACAACUCGAAUGGUUCACUCUCCAGUGGUUUUGGGAGCUCGUCGGAUGAUGAGGACGAGGACAUGGAUGAUGCAGAUGAGGAAGAGCAUCGUCAGCUUGCAGCUUCUGAUACCGGUCUGGCGGAAAAUGUAAGUGCGACGAAUAAACGCAGACUGUUUAUCUUUUAGGCUAAUAAUGCAGUCUGACCAGCCUGUACCAUUACUACCACCUCCACCGGCACCACUUAAUAUCGAGCCAUCACGUGCUCGUCGACGUUUGGCCGACCGCUUAGCGAGGCACAAGCAGGAAGCCGAACAAGAAGUGGCAGCGUCGGAAUUUGGGUCCGAAGCAGAUGAUCCAUUCGCUGCCCUGGGGAACGAAGACCGUGACCCUUUCUCACUGGAUGAAGAGGAGCAGGACAUAACCACGUUUGGAAAGCGCAAAGCAGAGCGCUCCAGUCAUGACUUCUCGGUUAGUCGCGGAUUGACCAGUCUCUUUGCGCCACAUAAGGAGACAUCACAUGAUGAUUUCAACGGGUCAUUGGAUGAUUCGUCGUCUGAUACCGGGUCAGAUGGCGAUCCUGAAAACCCUCCCCUGGAGGCGCGGACGAGUUUCGAGCGACGGCCAUUGGAGGUUUUCGAAGAUGAAGAGAUGGGAGAGAUGGUGGCGCCCACCGAAGAGGGUAAUAGUUCUGAUGAAGAGGUGUUGAGUCCUAUGGAGAAGAAGAAGCUGGGUGGCGCUUUUGGGAUGAGUGAUCCUGACGAGCAGGCCUCGGAGUUUGCGGGUCAAGAUGAUCAUGAUGACGACGACGAUGGAGACCAGCUCGUCGAGAUUGCGAUGCCAACGAGUUCGAAGAGAAAGUCGAGGGGUUGAGAGGACCUCUUUUCGGUUUCGAUGAAUGCGUCUCACCAUACGUCGCCACCUAAGCGACGAGUUACCGGUAACGAAGAGAAAGCAGAUGAUGGCGAGCCGAGAGAAUGAUUCACCAAUGUACAAUACUGAACUCUGAUACCCAAGAACAACAACAGCAUCGCCGUCCCGCAGAACGACGGCCACCAGACGGUAUGGUAGGAACAUGCCACAUCACAAGGGACUGUGAUGAUGCACCCGGUCCAGACUAGGGUAGGCAGAAACAUAUUUUGGAAAGGACAGGAAGUAAUGUUUCGGGGGUUUCUUGGAGUGCGGAACCCAAAGCCGUGGUCGAUCAGAAAGGCCAGCAUGGUGAUGGGUCUCUGCAUACCUGAAUACCUUGUGGCCGAUGUGAGCAGAAAGGGGUCAUGUACGAUAUGGGCUCUGUAGUACAGAAUUGAGCCGAUCCAAAUGACUGUCAUUGUCGUAA